GACGUUGACUGUGACGUUGACAUUAUCUGUCACUCCUGUCAGUGAAUGUAAUUUUUGGUUUUUGGUUAUAUUAUCAAGCGUAAUGAAUUUAAUAUAAGUUAUUAAAAUUUAAAUACAUAACAGGAAAUAUGAGUGAAAAAACAGCAAGAGAAAAGACAAUAGCAGCUCAUUAUGCAGAACUGAACAAGUACGGUGAAAAUGGAGAGUAUGAACGUGCUUUGAAGACAGCAAACAAAAUUUUAGGCGUCGCACCUCAUGAAUUCUUAGCAUUUUAUUGUAAAGUAGUAUGUCUUUUGGAAUUGUCAAGAUUUGAUGAGGCAUUAACUCAAAUUAAUAAAAACCCUGAAUAUCUACAGAAUCUUGUUUUUGAAAAGGCUUACUGUUACUAUCGUUUAAACAAAUUAAAUGAGGCUCUAAAAACCAUUGAAUCUAAUGAUGGUAACUUAGAUUAUCGCACUAAAGAACUAAAAGCGCAAAUUUUGUAUCGCUUGGAACGUUACACAGAUGCUUACUCAAUUUAUCAAGAAGCAGUAAAAAAUACUGAUGAUGAAUAUGAAGAAGAACGCCUUACAAAUCUUUAUGCUACGAUGGUGUACUUGGGUUCUGAUAAAAUGGAUAAUUUUGAAGAACUAAAAGAGCCCACGUAUGAAUUGUGUUAUAAUAAGGCUUGUAUGCUGAUAAAUUUAGAAAAUUUCUUAGAAGCUGAAAAGAAGUUAAAGCAGUGUGAAAAAAUGUAUUUGGAAAAGUUGGAAGAAGAUGAUGAUAUCACCGAAGAGGAAGCAGAUAUUGAAUUAGCCUUGAUUAGGUUGCAAUUGGCUUUUGUUUAUCAAAAACAAGGAAGAAUCAAAGAAGCUCAAGCUUUAUACACAUCAAAUCUGAAAUUGAAAUUAGAAGACAUCGCGCUUCAAUCUGUAGCAAGCAAUAACAUAGUUUGCAUCAAUAAAGACCAGAACCUGUUUGAUUCGAAAAAGAAAAUGAAGGUUGCGUUAAAUGAAUCUUUAGUCUAUAAACUACCAUCUCUUCAAAGAAAACAUAUUAGUUUUAAUAACGCAAUUUUAAAUUAUUACAUCAAUCAGACAGAACAAUGUGAAAAGAUAUGCCAAGAUAUCAUUUCGAAAUGGCCAGAGCUAGCUGCUAACGUAAAUGUACUUAGAGCAUUUAAUCUUGUUAAGGUAGAGAAAAUAGAUGAAGCUGUUGCUUUGCUAGAAAAAAAUGUAAAUUCUGAUAAACUGUAUAUUAAUCUGUGCAUUGCUCAGUUGUAUUUAAUUAUGGGAAAUAAGCUAGAAGCUUGUAAAGUCCUGGAGAAUAUUGGGGAAGAAACUUACAAACCUGGCAUAAUUGGAGCAUUAACAACACUCUAUUUAGGUAUAGGUAAUGAAUCUAAAGCAUUGGAAGUGUUUGAAAAAGCUGUUGAGUUUUAUAAGAGGAAUAAGGUAGAGUCUGGUGAUUUGUCUGUAUUGUAUAAACAAGCAGCUGCUUUUCAUAUUAGAAAUGGUCAUCCUCAAGUGGCUGCAAAUAGCCUAGAAGAGCUACUAUUGGUAAACAAGAUAGACAAAAAAAUUUCUGCUGAAUUAGUGCUAGCUUACGCUCAGUUUGAUAAAGAUAAGAGUUUAAAACUAAGUAAAGAUUUGCCUUCGGUCAAAGAACUAUCACAAGGCCUUGACCUGGAAAGCAUUCAAACUCUGGCUCCUGUUGCAAUCAAGAAAAGUCCAGGCGUUAAGCCUGAUUCUCAGCCAGGAACACCUAGAACAGAAGAAAGUAAAAAAAGGAGGAACAAACAUAAAAAACGCAAAGGGAAACUGCCUAAAUAUUACGAUCCUAAUGCUGAGCCAGAUCCAGAAAGGUGGCUGCCAAAAUACGAGAGGACGGGAUACAGGAAAAGGAAGGAUAGAAGGAGUAAUAAGGAUGUUAUUAAGGGAUCUCAAGGAACAUCUUCUGGCCAAUCAGAGCAAUACGAUUUUUCGUCUAAAAGGAUCGAAGAUUAUUCUAGUAGCCCAGCAAAUACAGUUAGCCCUUCGCCAAGGGGGGCGCACAAUAAACAGCAAGCCCAUCAGAAGAAAGCCAAUCAAAAGAAGAAAAACAGGAGACGGUAAUUUAGUAGGUUUACUUGUUUAUUACUUAAUAAAAAUAUAUUGCACCCCAUAA